CUGAUGAAGACGGACAGCAGUGCGGGCCAGGCGGGGCCCUUCGGCGGCAGGAGGCAGAGUCUGAUCGAGGACGCCCGGCGGGAGCGCAGCAGCGUUUCGGCGGGCCUACCGGGGCCCUCCCGGCUUGUGGAUGGAAACGUGUUUGAGGAAAAGGAGGGCAGAGUGACCCUCAACGUGCUGUUUUCCCUCAGCAACGAGAAGAAUUCUGGAUUCUUCAAAACAGGAAAAAUAUUUGAGACAUUUGAAGCCAAACUUCUGCACGUGGAAAGUCGACCGGGGAAGAAGUCGAAGAACAUCACGUCAGACUUGGAGUUCUUCGUCAAGUGUGAAGUCCACAGCUCCGACUUGGAUGUCUUCAUCAACUCGCUGAAGAGAGUGGUUGACAACGUCAGGUCCCUCCCGGAGGAAAAAGUCCCCUGGUUUCCUCGACAGAUAAAAGAGCUGGACAGAUGCAACUUGUUGAUAACCAAAUUUGAUCCAGACAUGGACAAGGACCAUCCGGGCUACGCUGACCCAGAAUACAGGAAGAGACGCGCUUUCAUUUCCGAGCUGGCCUUCAGAUACAAACAAGGUGACCCGCUGCCCGAGGUGGAGUACACUGCGGAAGAAACAGCCACAUGGAGGGAGGUGUACAAGAAGUUGCGCAGCGUUUACCCUAGUCUGGCCUGCCGGCAGUUCCUGGACGGGUUACAGCAGCUGGAGCGAGAGUGCGGCUACGGAGAGGAGCGCAUCCCUCAGCUCAGAGAUGUCUCCGCUUUCCUCAAAGAGAAAACAGGCUUCCAGCUGCGCCCUGUAGCCGGCUUGCUGUCCGCCAGAGACUUCCUGGCCAGUUUGGCCUUCCGAGUGUUUCAGUGCACGCAAUACAUCCGCCACUCGUCAGCGCCCAUGCACUCACCUGAACCAGACUGCUGUCAUGAGCUGCUGGGACACAUUCCGAUGCUGGCCGACCAGGAGUUUGCCCAGUUUUCCCAGGAGAUUGGACUGGCCUCGCUCGGAGCCUCUCAAGAAGCCAUUGAGAAAUUAUCCACGCUAUACUGGUUCACUGUGGAGUUUGGACUCUGCAGACAGAACGGAACCAUGAAAGCUUACGGCGCCGGCCUCCUCUCAUCUUACGGAGAGCUUCUGUAUGCCCUGUCCAAUGAGCCAGACUAUAAACCGUUCAACCCAGAGGAAACCGCCGUGCAGCCGUAUCAGGAUCAAACCUACCAGCCAGUUUAUUUUGUCUCAGAAAGCUUUGAGGAGGCCAAAAUGAAACUGAGGAAGUACUCGGCAGCUAUCAAGAGGCCCUUUGCAGUGCUCUACGAGCCCAUCACCUGCAGCGUCAACGUUCUGGAUCAGCCCAGCAAGAUUCAAAGCGUACUAUGCAGGAUGCAAGAGGACCUGAAGUCGCUGCAGGGUGCCUUGGAGAAGCUCAGCUCCUCCUGAGGCCAGCAAGA